AUGAUUCGACAGGACAUUAACAGAAUCGACCCAAAGCGUCGAGCAACGAUUGAUCACAAGAAGAGACAGUUUGCUACGCCUACCUACAAGCAACAAGACUACCCACAUCGGUUGAAUCUGUACGACACGCCGCCAACGGCAGAGAUCACCCUCGAGCAGUUUGAACAAUGGGCCAUUGAUCGCUUGAGAAUCCUUGCCGAGAUUGAGGCAUGCUCAUAUCGCAACAAGACCCCCGCGGAGACUGCUUCACACAUUACUCCUCUUCUCCAGAAAUACCUUCCUCUAUCCUCUAAUACCUCUUCUCCAAACGGUGCCGCAGACCAGCGUCUGAAAAAUGAACGUCAAAAAGAUCACUACUCACACUUUAUCCUCCGGUUGGCUUUCUCGGCCACGGAGGAUCUCCGUCGACGAUUUGCUCGUGCGGAGACCAUGCUCUUCCGCUACCGCUUCCAACAAGAUGAUUCACGAGAGCGACGAGCAUUUAUUGACGGGUUGAACCUGGAUUGGGAGCCCGUUAGCGACGAAGAAAGGGCCGAGGUGGCUGAGAACUUGCUCAGCUCGACACCGGGACUGCGUCGACUGGACGAGGAAACAUGGUACAAGGUUGACUGGGAAAAGGUUCCGGAGUUGGUAGAACGACGCGCAGUGUUUGUAAAGAGAGGGAAAGCCUAUGUUCCUGGCAGAGAACAACUUGCUAUGAUCAUGGCUGAGUUCACUGCCCGUCUAGAACGAGCACUGGAGCUUACUAGCCGCGCCCUGCCUCGAUUAGACGAGGAUGACCGCCUGACUCCCAUUCUGAACCACCUUUCCAAGAACUUCGGUAGCGCCGACUCCGUGUUCUCCGAGGGUGAGGGACAUGUCGAUGGAGGAGCAAUCACAGCCAGUUCCAUUGACCAACUCUCUCAACAUUUCCCGCUUUGCAUGCGCAGCUUGCAUAUCAACCUACGCAAGAACAACCACCUGAAGCACUUCGGGCGAUUGCAGUACACAUUGUUCCUUAAAGGAAUUGGUCUUUCAUUGGAAGAGUGUAUCCUGUUUUGGCGUCAGUCCUUCAAGGGAAAGACGGAUGACGAGUUCAAUUCCCAAUAUAAGUACAAUAUCCGUCACGCCUACGGAGACGUUGGUGGUGACGCCCGCCGAGGUCGAGGAUACCCGCCUUAUUCAUGCCAGAAAAUCCUGGGCGAUAAUAACGUGGGCAUCGGUCAAACACACGGCUGUCCGUACCGCCAUUACUCCGUCGAUAAUUUGGUUGGACUGCUUCAGUCAACGGGUGUGCACGAUAAAGGCGUUUUGCGCGAGGUGCGGGACGAUGUCGGCAAGCAAAGAUAUCACAUUGCCUGCAACCGAGUUUUCGAAUGGUCUCACAGGAACGAGAUCAAGAAGGUCAAGGAUGAUGGAACAUGGAGCCAAGCCGAUCUGGAUACCAUCGUACAUCCUAACGUCUAUUUCAAGCGCAGUUACUUACUGAAGCAGCUGGCUAAGCCACCAGGUCGAGACUAA